UUCUUUCCCAUAGAGUUUUAAAGAGAGAAAGAGUUGUGAAAAUAUGGCAACGGAUGAUGUGGUGGUUCUACGACAUGGUGCGGCGGUUGAAGCACCGUGCUCUAAGGCGGGGCCAGGUUACGCCUCGCCUCGAGAAGCCAUGGCUGGUCCCAAAGAAGCUCUCCUUUAUGUCACCUGUCUUUACACAGGGACUGGAAGACAAAAGCCUGAUUACUUGGCCACUGUGGAUGUUGAUCCAACUUCUCCUACUUAUUCAACAGUCAUCCACAGGCUGUUUAUGCCAUAUUUAGGUGAUGAGUUGCAUCACACAGGGUGGAACUCGUGCAGUUCUUGCCACACAGAUCCCUCUGCAGAGCGGCGUUUUCUGAUCGUACCUGGACUAGUGUCUGGUCGCAUUUAUGUGGUCGACACAAAGACAGACCCGAGAGCCCCCUCAUUGCAUAAAGUGGUUGAAUCUGAAGAGAUCGUUGAGAAGACUGGUUUGGCAUAUCCACACACAUCUCAUUGCUUGGCUUCUGGUGAAAUAAUGGUAUCAUGCCUAGGUGACAGAAAUGGCAAUGCAAAAGGAAAUGGAUUUCUUCUUCUCGAUUCAGAAUUUAACGUGAAAGGAAGGUGGGAGAAAGAAGGGCAUAGUCCUGAGUUUGGCUAUGAUUUUUGGUACCAACCUCGACACAAGACAAUGAUCAGCUCAUCAUGGGGUGCUCCUGCUGCUUUCACCAAAGGAUUUUACCUUCAAGAUGUUUCUGAUGGUCUCUAUGGAAGACAUCUCUAUGUAUACAGUUGGCCUGGUGGUGAACUGAAACAGACAUUAGAUCUUGGUAACACUGGGAUGUUACCAUUGGAGACGAGAUUUCUUCAUGAUCCUGCCAAAGAUACUGGAUUUGUUGCAGCUUGCUUGGCAACUAACAUGGUGAGGUUUUUCAAGAACCCGAACAACUCAUGGAGCCACGAGGUUGCAAUAUCAGUGAAACCACUGAAGGUGCAGAACUGGAUUCUCCCAGAAAUGCCUGGACUGAUUACUUAUUUUCUGAUCUCACUAGAUGACCACUUUUUGUACUUUACAAAUUGGCUUCAUGGUGAUGUGAGGCAGUACAAUAUUGAGGACCCUAAAAAUCCCAAGUUGACAGGCCAAGUUUGGGUUGGAGGACAAAUUCAAAAGGGAAGCCCAGUUUUAGCUGAGGGAGAAAAUGGUGAAACUUUCCAGUUCUAUGUUCCAGAAAUCCAGGGACAUAAAUUGAGAGGCGGACCACAGAUGAUACAGAUGAGCUUAGACGGGAAGCGGCUCUACGUGACGAACUCGCUUUUAAGCUCAUGGGAUCGCCAAUUCUAUCCCGAGCUUAUGGAGAGAGGUUCACACAUGUUGCAGCUUGAUGUUGAUUCUGAGAAUGGAGGUUUGGCUAUCAACCCAACAUUCUUUGUGGACUUUGGAGCUGAACCUGAUGGCCCUUCUCUUGCCCAUGACAUAAGAGUUCCAGGAGGUGACUGCACUUCAGAUAUAUGGGUUUAAUUAUUAAACCUUGACAUCUUUCAGCUUUCUACCAAAGUAAAAUAAUCAAGUGUUUCUUCUAGUUUGUAAAGAAAUGUUUACAGAAUGAAUAGUAACAUAUAAAUGUGAAGAAGUUGAUGUAGCAUUGUGUAAAACAUAUGUAUUUUAGCUAAUCUAUUAGUGCAUCUUCAAGGGCUCUUCAAGAUAACUUUUGUAUAUUUACUCCUCAAAAUGGAGAAUGCUAAAGGGACUAUCUCAUGUAGAGGACUUCCUAACUUGUUAUUAAUGUUUAUAGGGUAAAUAAUCAUUUGGUA